GCCAGUGAUACCUCCAUCUUCUUUUCCCUGUCUCGACCUUGUUGCCUUUCUUUCUUCUCUUUUUCUCAUGAUGAAUCGACCGAACGAUAACGGCGGAGAUCGACGGCACGAGUUGGAGGCUGCGACGGUCAGUGGGUGAUGAUGUGGAGAUAGCCUGUGGACGGCGGUACGAUGCAGCGGCGGCGAGAGUAAGCGAUGUGGAGACAAACGGCGAAAUGCCGCGGAAGGUGGAGGCGCGUUUUAACGAUGGCGGCUGUGGUGAUGGUGGCAAAGCGGAAAAAAGGUUGGAUGACGAGGAAAUCACGACUGUAGUCUGGUGAUACGGUGGUGAAAGCAGUGAUGCUGGUCGGAUCUACGAUGGCCAGGUGGCAACGAUCGGCGGUGGCUGAGCUACGACGAUGGUGGCGCGAGCGGUGGCGGUACUCUGGCAGCUUGCCUCCACCAUCGUCCAACCACGCCGCGACACCGCAAGGCCCCCGUUGUGCCUCUACCGCUGCAGCUUUCUCACUAGGUUGUCCCUACGUCAUAUACUGCUAGGUCACCGCUGCAUCUCCAUGUCGCAUGUUCGCCAACGAAAGGGAAUAAAGGGAAAUAAGAGAAAGAAGGGCGUACCGAUUCUCCAUCUCAAACCCUUUUACCUAAAUGAGCAAUCAACCGAUUCCCCACUGCCCUUCCUCCCACAAGGUGGCCGCCUUGGAUAAAAUAGCAGAGGAAGAUAGUCUAGGUGAAUCCUACCCACCAAGCAGGAAAAUAAUACUAAAUCAUUCUGAAGAUUAAGACAAUGGAAGUGGGAGAAAUCAAUGGGGUAACCCAACUGGUGACUACUUGGAGCAGGACAGCAGGUAAUAACACACUCUUUCACAUUUAAGGUCAUCAAACUUUGCCCUAAGUAUGAUACUCUACUGGUUGUUGUAUUUACAUAAAGGAGCCCUAAUUUGCUUAGUUAUAUAUGUUUGUAAAAUAUAUCGGAAAAGCUUUAGAACUUGGUUGACCCGUUCCC